AUGCCCAAGGCAAAAUCAAAGUCUGCUCAUCAUUCUUAUGGCACCCGGCAGAGGCCCCCUGUGGCGUCCGGAACAGGAACUGAGAGGAGCCAGUGUCGGGACAAGGAGGACCUAUCUGAGGACCAGCUUGCUCGAGUGGUUGACUCGGUUUUUAACAGAAUGACACCAAGGUUGGAGGAAUUAAUUUCUCCAGUCGUCAACACCCCUCCUUCAGGUGAGGCAACGGGGCAGCCCAUUAAUUUACAGGAUUUUGACAGCUUUAAUCAGGCACCUAAUGCGGUAAUGGGGAUACAGGAGGAUAUACAGGAGGAGUUGGGAUCAAAUGUUCCAGAAUCUUUAAGGCAAAAGAUUGUUAAUGGGGAAUAUAUUGACUUGGGGCAGCUGUUAGCGAAGCCGGUCACCCAUGAGCAGUCGGCUAAACUCACUGUCGUUGGGGGCGAGCUGCGCAUGUCAGCUAAAACUCAAUCCAUCAAGAUCAUGGAUAUUGACAAGUGGACAGAUGCCUUUUUGGUAUUUAUUAGUUUAUAUGGGGCUGCUCACCCCACUCAAAUAGCAGGGAUGUUAAAGUACAUGCAUACUGUUAGGCUUAGGUCCCGUAGGACAUCUGGUUUAGGCUGGAAGCAGUACGAUGAACAGUUUCGCUUAAGGAAAGCUAGAAAUCCUUCUGCCUCAUGGGGGGUGGUGGACCAGGAGCUCUGGCUCCUUUACCUAUACAUUAACCAUCAGCCACAACAGGUGGCGUCAGUUGUGGCGUCACCUGCCUUAAAGUGCUAUGAUUUUAACUAUAGCAAUAACUGCAGUAAGAACCCAUGUCCUUACAUGCAUAAAUGUUUACGUUUUAGUGGCAAUCACCCUUCCAUGAAUUGUUACCGUGCCAUGUACACUAAUAACUCUAAUUUUAAAACUGGAGGGUUCCGGAAUGGCGGUCGGUUCCGGGUCCGGUCAGCCACACGCUUUACACGUGGAGCAACUAGAACUGCAGACGCGAGCUUCUAGUCCUAUUGUAGUUGAAGCCUUAGUGAAGUGUAUUCAGCACUAUCCAAUACAGGAUGUUAGCAAUGAAUUGGUUGAUGGUUUCAUUCAUGGUUUUCGUCUUAAAUAUGAUGGACCUCGUUUAGCUACCAAUUGUAAAAAAUUAGUAUCAAUUAAGGAUAAUGAAAGCGAGGCUCUGGUCAAAGUUUUUAAGGAGAUUGCAUUAGGUAGAAUUGCUGGCCCUUUCCAAGACAGACCAUUGGCUAAUCUUCGGGUCUCUCCUAUUGGGUUAGUACCCAAAAAGGAUGGUAGUUGGAGAUUAAUUCAUCAUUUAUCUUUUCCAGAAGGUUCUAGUGUAAAUGAUUUUAUAGACCCAUCUGCCUGCUCAGUACAGUAUUCAUCGUUAGAUGAGGCUAUUGAUAUGAUAAGUAAAUUAGGUAGAGGUGCUUACCUAGCAAAAAUGGAUAUAAAAUCGGCGUUCAGGCUAUUGCCGGUCAACCCAGCUGAUUUUGAACUUCUUGGUUUUCAGUUGAAGGGUUCAAUUUUUGUUGAGAAAUGUCUGCCUAUGGGUUGCUCUUACUCAUGUGCCUUAUUUGAGAAAUUUGCCACCUUUUUUGGAAUGGCUAGUCAAGUAUCGGUCCAAACUAGAGUCUGUUGUACAUUAUUUAGAUGAUUUUUUGUUUGGUGGGGCUAAGGAUAAUAACGAUUGUACCAAGCUAAUGCAGGAAUUUUCAGGUAUUGCUUAUGAGUUGGGGGUUCCUUUAGCAGAGGAAAAAAACGUUGGUCCCUCCCACAUUAUGACUUUUCUUGGCUAUGAACUGAAUACCCUAGAAUUGACCAUUCGGAUUCCAGUGCAGAAAUUAGAGGAACUUAAGUCCUUGCUCAUGGUGCUACUUGGUUUGGGGAAAACAACCUUAAAACACCUUCAGUCAGUUGUAGGAGUCUUGAAUUUCUUUUCCAGAGCCAUCCCCUCCGCCCGAG